AUGCUUUCAAUGUAUUUGAAAGCAAAGGCCAGGUCAUGUUUUGAAGAGUUUCACAGUUUGUGGGAUAUUCUCUCCAGUAUCGCCAAGGAUCCAUCGGCCACUAACUUGCUGAUUAUUCUCGAUGCCUUGGAUGAGUGCGCAAAGAACUCGCAGAGCCAACUGUUGAAACAUCUGAACAAGCGUUAUCAUGAAAAGGUACUGAAAGAGAAGCCAUUAUUCAUGGUCAUUCUUCUGAGUCGUCCUGAGAACAUGAUCAAGUAUUCUUUCAGUCAGAACGUUGCUGCCGUGCGUCUUCGCGGCGAAGACCAGACAGGUCCCAUUAGCGAGGUUGUGGAACUAGUAGUUCGCAGUCAUAUCAAUGAGCUCAGUGGUCAAGGCUUACCGCAUGAUCUCUUGUUGGGGCUUGAAAGGACUCUCAUUACAAAGGCCGACCGAACCUUUCUGUGGACGACGCUCAUGAUAGACCUCAUCGAAGAAGCGGCAUCAUCUGGGGCAUCGCAGAAGGAACUCGAGGACCUUUUGGGCAACGAGGAUAUAUACGCGAUAUAUUCAAAGCUACUUGAGCGUAGUCAUGAAUCGAAUGAAGCUAAGAAACUCCUCGAGUUGAUUCUGGCGGCGGCUCGACCUUUGACUCUCGACGAACUCAAUAUGGCAAUGGCAGUAACCCCACAACAAGUAUCUUUUAAGGAGCUCGAGUUCAAUCUAAAGAGUUCCGUUGAGAGCCAUCUGAAGAACGUAUGCGGGCAUUUCAUUCGUGUUAUACAUUCUCAGGUAUUUCUUGUUCACUAA